AUGGGUUCGUCGUCACCAGCAAACUCCAUCGCCACGUCUCUAUCGUUUACUUCAUGGAAUGAUGAGAAACCCAUCACCAUUGUACUUCUCCAUGGAGGCUUUACGUGUCGUCUCGAGUUUGCACUUGUUCUUCCGCACCUCGAUGACUUCCAUGUUCUUCUCCCCGAUCUCCCAUUGCAUUCAGCGUCACGCCAUAUCAAACCGGGCACGACCGAAAAUUCGGCGUUGCAUGUUGCGCAACUGAUUCGAUCGCAUGCUCACGAUGGGAAAGCCCACGUUGUUGGCGUCUCCAUGGGUGGCUACAUAGGCCAGUGCCUUGCGCUAGAUCAGCCAGACGUUGUCCUCUCGCUGUUUGUCACAGGGGCUGCUCCUCUAGCUGGCAAGCGCCUGUUCAUGGCUCGCUGGACCAGACUUACCUAUUACAUGAUGAGGAUUAUGAUGCAUUGGCUCCCUAGCUGGGUGUUCCGCUAUCAAGCUGCAUCAAUUGGCCUAAUGUUGAGUGACGAAUUGGUAGCGGAAAUGAGGGACAAUAUCACUUGGGAGCUGAUGCAGGACAUGUUCCCGUGGAUUUUGUCAUUUUCAUUGUAUGACGUGCAUCGGUUACGAGUACGCGUUCUCUCUAUCGCAGGGGCGAAAGAUGAUGACGUGCCCGCCAUAGAAAGAACGGCAGUGGCGUUGAGAAAUAGGACAAGGGAUGAUGGUGAGACUUGGCCUGAGGAUGGCUCAGGAGCAGUGGUUUUGAGGGAGGCAACGCAUGGGUGGGACAUGCAGUUCCCAAGGCUCUUUGCUCAAGGCGUGCGGGCUUGGGUUCAUGAAGAGCAGUUACCUAAAGAGUUUGAGAGGCUGUAG